AUGACGUCUUUGUUUUUUUUGGGUGAACACAUUUUUAGGAGGUUUUAUCCAAGAUCCACAGUGAAGGUCAAAGUUGAAGAGAACGUGGGUGAACACAUUUUUAGGAGGUUUUAUACAUGUCUAAAGGUCUGCAAGGAUAGUUUUGUGUCCUGCAAGCCAAUUAUUGGACUGGAUGGUGCUUUUCUGAAAGGAAAAUAUGGUGGUGAAAUGUUAACUGUUGUUGGUAGAGAUGCAAAUGACCAAAUGCUACCUCUUGCGUAUGCUGUGGUGGAAGUAGAGAACAAGGAUACUUGGAGAUGGUUCCUUGAACUUUUGGUUGAAGAUCUCGAUGGGAGGAAAAAGAAAUUCCCUGAAAAACAACUAAAGCGUUUGAUAUGGAAGACAGCUACAACAACCCAUCCACAAGCAUGGGAAGUAGAAAUGAGAAAUACAAAACAGCUUAAUGAUGAGGCUUUCAAAUACUUGUUAAAAAUCCCUCCCAAGUACUGGUCAAGAUCAAGAUUUAGCAGCAACCCUCAGUGUGAUACUUUGGUUAACAACAUGUCAGAGGCUUUCAAUAGUGUAACGGUGCAUACAAGGUCUAAGCCAAUCGUAGGCAUGUUGGAGGAAAUCUGUCUUUACUUGAUGAAGAGAUGGGCAACUAACAGGACAAAAAGUCAAUCACUGUUUGGGGAGAUUUGUCCAAAAAUCAAGACUAGACUAAAUAAGGAGUCUCAGUUAACUAAAUAUUGGAUACCGUGUUGGAAGUGGGAUAUCACUGGCAUACCAUGUUGCCACUCCUUGGCUGCUAUGAAAUUCCUAAAUCUUGAUGCAGAGGAAUUCAUUCCAUGUUGCUUUAGGAAGUCAACAUAUGAAGAAACAUACUCUUCAAUUGUCUAUCCAAUAAAUGGUAACAAUAUGUGGGAGAUUACCACAUAUGCUGAUGUCCUCCGUCCACCAAAAAGAAUAUUGCCUGGGAGACCAAAGAAGAAGCAAAGGUUGGAGCAAUAG